GUGACUGUUGUUGAGCACAACCAUACUGUCUGUUGACUCAUCCUAAGAAACCGGGGAAUGCAAAUCCCAAGGUUGCUUUUGGCGAGGUAGGGUACUUACCCUGGCCAAGACCGCUUCUUUCAUCACCAUUUCAAACCCGACCACGACUCCCUCAACAAUAUAGCCAAUGAUAGCAGAGUGCAAUUCAACUCCACGGAGUCUUAUAGAGCAGCUUCCCGUCGAGCUACUUCAGAGAGUGUUAUGUCACUUCCCAACCUCUCACGGCUGCGCUAUGUUCUAUAUUUCUAUUAUUAUAUUAUACUAUAGCUUACUAUUCUUACCCGCCCUAUAUGGCCGCCUCGAUCUGACCGUCUGGGUCCCGUUUCCUCCGACCCCUUUUUUUCAGAUUGGGUGCUUAUAGUGUGUAAAGUGGCGACUGUGCCGAAGUGGACGUGGCAGUGGAAAAGAGAAAAG